GUGCUAGGCGUUGGGAAUGCAAAGGCAAAAAAGAUACGAUCCCUGCCCGGGAAGCUGAAUCUAUUGGAGAGGCACAGGCGCAAACACGGCAUUAUAAAGGGGGGUCUGCCCACGGGCUGUGGGCCCUGGACGCGCAUCUGAGCAUCUGUAUCAGGAGAUGGGGCAGUCACCGGAGCUAGGGGAUCGGGAAAGAAGGCCGCAGGCUGUUCCCAUAGCAACAGAACAGGUCACGCUCCGGAGGACUCUCGAAUCACCUCUGUCGCGUCGGAGGGUCCAGCAAAGGCCAGUUGCGCUUCUCUGGUCCAGAGGCUUGCAGAUCCUUGGCUGUAACGAAACUGGAGUUCCGCGUCUCUGAUUGGCUCAGACAGCUAGGGGCGUGGCCUGACGUGUACACAACUGGAGUUUCCUGGCGGAGCGGAAGCCGACCUGGUCCGUCCCGGAAGUGCAAACUCGGAGGUCGUGCAGGUGGGGAUUCCGCGGUGUCGGCGGCUUCUUUCAAGAUGCCAGGAGCCGCGGACAAGGCCUCGGAGUUGUCCGAGAGGAUUGAGAGUUUCGUGGAGGCCCUGAAGCGGGGCGGCGGGCGGCGCAGCUCCGAGGACAUGGCUCGGGAGACGCUGGGGCUGCUGCGCCGGAUCAUCAUGGACCACCGCUGGAGCAACGCAGGGGAGCUGAUGGAGCUGAUCCGCAGAGAGGGCCGGAGGAUGACGGCCGCGCAGCCCUCAGAGACCACCGUGGGCAACAUGGUGCGGAGAGUGCUCAGGAUCAUCCGGGAGGAGUACGGCAGACUCCACGGACGCAGCGACGAGAGCGACCAGCAGGAGUCCCUGCACAAACUCUUGACGUCCGGGGGCCUAAGCGAGGAUUUCAGCUCUCCUUAUGCCCAGCUCCAGUCCAACAUCAUUGAGGCGAUUAAUGAGCUGCUUGUGGAACUGGAAGGGACAACGGAGAACAUUGCAGCCCAGGCUCUGGAGCACAUCCACUCUAACGAGGUGAUCAUGACCAUUGGCUUCUCCCGAACAGUAGAGGCCUUCCUCAAAGAGGCUGCGCGGAAGAGGAAGUUCCAUGUCAUUGUGGCAGAGUGUGCUCCUUUCUGUCAGGUAGGGGGGACUGCUGGAGUUGCUGAGAACAAUGAAAACUGAGGAGAGAAUCACGGAGUGAUAGAUGGGAUCCAUGCUAAUUUUGAAUUGAUAUACAAGACAUUGAGAAGAUCAGUGAAAGAUUAAGGGCAUUUUCAAGUUGUUCAUUCUGUGAACAUUCUUAAACAUUGGUUUAAGAAAGUUGGGUGAACUGCUGGGUCCAUCAAAAGAUAAACAUUGGUGUGUUUUUUUAAGAAUCAAAAUAGAGUAAAUUACCUUGAGGAUGACCAAGUCUUAGUCUAACCUCACUCAAUCCCUAGAUACAUAAUAGGUUUCAAGAAAGGAAAUAUAUAAGGAGGCAGAAUGUUGUAAAAUAAUGAGCCAGGAGCUCUCAUCAGCGAUGCCUGAUUAUGCA